GUAUCACUGUAUUUUGACUGCUUUAUUCAGACCAAGUGAAUUAAGUGCCGAAGAGUUUCAGCUAAAUAUAGUCAAACAGACAGUGACUGCUUGUGUUAGUUUAAAUGUAUGUUAUUCAUUAUUAUUCUUCAUUUUCCAGAUUUUGCAUUUUGUUUUGUGUAGGAUGUAUCCACAGUGUCACUGAGUUCAGACAGUCUAUGAUGGCAGACUCUAUUGUGCGCUGCUAGUUACAAGUUAAUAAUACGCUUCAGCCCCGAACUCGAGCUAAUAAAGAAUGUGAGUUAGGCAUUGGUGGACAUGUGUGUGUUUACAUAGCAGGCCUUUCCCCAGGUGCUACACGAUCUCAGGGCUACAGAAGCAGGAGGAGGGGGGAUUCAGUGGCACACACAAGCGCUCACGUGCAGCUCUGCCCCUAAAGGAAAAAAAAAAAAAAAAAAGUCAAAAAGUGGGAGAGGAGGUAGCCGAGAUAACAGAUCAGAGGGAGGAAGGGAGCGGUGGACUGUGUGAACCAUGCAGCUGCCAGGAUAGUUUUGUAGUUAACUUCACACAGUUACCCUGGGUGGUUCUGACCCUGGGAUCUUUUCCUAUCAGCUUCUUUAUGAAUGAAGCAAAUUAUUUCUUCCUGUGAUUGUAAAGAUGGUGGGAUUCUCCUCCACUGCUGUUGAAACCAUGGAGGUGCUGGUAAGCGAGCUGGGGGUCCUGCUGAAGAUGCUUGACCAAGAAAGCCUCAGUUCUUCCACAGAGGAGAAGAAGAUGUCUGUGUGGAACCUCCUACAGCAAAUACAGCCACAAGUGUCUGGUACAGACUACAUCUACAUGAACUCCUCUGUGUACAGAAAUGGGACCAGCUUCGUGGAGUCAUUAUUUGAGUCCUUUGAUUGUGAAAUUGGAGACCUAAAGGACGUCACAGAUGAGCUAAAACUGGACAAAGACACUCAAACAGACACUCUAAAGCAGGACAGUACAGACUCCCCCACCUCCCAUUCAGCUGAGUCGCCUCCGCCUCUGCCCACCACCCCUCCCCCCGAAGAGUACUACGAAGAGGCCGUCCCCCUCAGCCCUGGCACGCUGCCCGAAUACAUCAUCACGAGAGUCAGGCCUGGUCCUCCAAUAGAAGAUGGUUAUGAAGAAGCAGAAAACCACUACCCCACAACAUGUAUCAACUCGCACCGGAAGAAUUCUUACAACGACUCUGAUGCUCUGAGCAGUUCUUAUGAGUCUUAUGAGGAGGAUGAGGAAGAGCGCAGUCCUGGUGUCAGACUGACCCACCAGUGGCCCUCAGAGGAGAUGAGCUCCAUGCCUCCUGCCCGGGACUGUCGCAUCUGUGCUUUUCUACUGCGCAAGAAACGCUUCGGUCAAUGGGCCAAACAGCUCACUGUAAUACGAGAAAACAGACUGCAGUGCUACAAGAGCUCCAAGGACACGACCCCCUACGUGGACCUGCUCCUGCCCCAGUGCACUGUGGUCUAUGCCCCUAAAGACGGCAAGAGGAAGCACCACGAGCUGCGCUUCACUCUGCCCAAUGGAGAUGCUCUUGUAUUGGCUGUGCAAAGCAAGGAACAGGCUCACCGGUGGCUCAGAGUGGUCCGAGAGGUGAGCGGCCAGUCCACUGCCCCCGACGACACAUCUCCGGUCAUCUCGAGAAAAAACGAACUUGACAAGAGGUUGUCAGCUGAGAGGAACACUUCAGAUUCAGAUAGCGUGGGUGUGUCCACCGGGGAAACCUGCAAAGAAAACGGUAAAGUGAAGCGUGGGGCAUUUGCUGCCGGUCGUAAAAUCACACGAAUCAUCAGCUUCUCCAAGAAAAAGCCUCCCAGACCAGGAGCUGCGUUCAGUGACCCUCGACAAGGCUUCAUGUUGGUACUAGUGAACCAGGUGUGGAGGGAGCAGUGGUGCUGUGUGUCCAAAGGAUACCUGCGUUUCUAUAGCGACAGGGGUGACGCUCGCACCUCUCUGCCCUCUGUCCCACUGUAUGACUGUGAGGUGGUGCCCGGGCUGGGACCCAAGCACCCCUUUGCCUUUCGAAUCAUGAGGAACAGUAAUGAGGUGGCUGCUCUCGAGGCGAGCAGCUCAGAGGAAAUGGGCCGGUGGCUGGGCGUCCUGUUAGCGGAGUCGGGGUCUCUGACAGAUCCUGAGUCCCUCCAUUACGACUAUGUUGACGUGGACACCAUCGCCAACAUCCGCGACGCUGUGAGACACUCCUUCCUGUGGGCCACUACUUCAAGUUCCCCAGACUAUGAUGACGUCCCAAAUGAAGACAUGCAGUCUGAGCAGUGUGGGGACCAUGGCAAACGGCGCUCCAGUUUCUCCAGCAGCGACUCAGAUCGGACCAAACCCCCCAUCUCACUCAAGCGAACAGGCUCGAAUUCCAACCAAUAUGGCCGCUAUGGGAAAACGAGAGCGGAGGAGGAUGCCAAACGAUACCUGAAGGAGAAAGAGGAGCUGGAGAGAGAGAAAGACGGGAUAAGAAAGGCGCUGGUGGUUCUGAGACAAGAGAAGAAAGAGCUCAAAGAAGAACUGAAGAUGGCUCAUGAGAGGAGAAAGCCCUUCCUAAAUAAGCGAGUGGCUGAGUUGGAUGAGAAAUGUCGAGCCAAAGAAGCCGAGCGGGUGGAUCUGGAGCUCAAACUGACCCAAGUGAAAGAAAACCUGCAGAAGAGUCUGGCAGGAGGAGGCAUGAUGUCCCCAGUGCAGACCAAACCACCAGUCAAGGCAUCUACCAACAAGAAGCAUCAGAACAUCUACAUAGAGGGUUUACCUGUGAACUGUGCGGCUGAGCUGAGAAGGAGACCGCCGUCUGUUUACGCCUCUUCAACCGGGACAGUCAUGCAGAAAGCAAAGGAAUGGGAAUCAAAGAAAGGAACUUAAGAAACAGUUGCAAGAACUACAAAACAGACGCAUGGGGUGGGAUCAUACGCCGAACAUUCCUUGUGAACUAUUGUGUAUUAAUUGUAAUGAAAGACUUUGACCCCUAGGUGGAGGUACAUCCCUCUUAAUAUUUACUUGUUACAUGAAUGAGGUAAUUCUCGCUGUAUUCAAGUGUUGGCAUUGGUUCAAGUUGGAAAUAAGAUGAUGAAUUGUGUUUUGAAAGUAGUUACGUAAGUGUGAAUAGCGUUUUUAAGGGUGAAGAACAUUUAAUAUUUAAUUGGCAUGUGGACAACAGAGGAAUGUGAUGGAAAAAGAGUGGAUUUAAACCCGGAAGUGCCUUUAAUGUGUGGAUAUGUCUGUACAUAGUGAAAGAUGACUACUGUUUAAAUGUAUUUUUGUAUUGACUUUCAUACCAGAACAUCUUAAAACGUACAGUAUAUGUCAGGGCUGUUCAGCUGCAUGCCACUCAAUUACUGCAUUUAAAUUGACUGCACUUAUCAGUUUCUCCUACUGAAGCUGGAGGCUGGGAGACAUUUAUGGGAGCUAAACCAUAACUAGAAAUAAUGUGGUUUCAGCAAAAAACUGCAGCAGUGUCUGUGUUUAAAGAUCAUAUACUGUACGUUCCUGCUUUAUAGUGACUAACAAUAUGCUUCUCAUUCAAAACCAUUAAGUUCUCGUUUCAAUAUUAACAUAAUUGUAAAUCUGUGCUCAGUGUGGGAGAUUUUUGCACUUUACUGUCCUCUGCUCGCAUCAAAGAGCAAUAAUGUAACUGUAUGUCUUAUUUCCAAAGGUUUUAAUAAUAAAUUGUAUUGUUGAAA